CAGCGCUCUCGCACAGGGCUGAGCGGAGCGGGCGCAGCUCUCGGUAAUGACCGGCCAGCGCAGUUGGGGCUAUGGGCGGGAUGACGGUAGGUUAUGGCAUUUCUGCGCUGCAUCUCUCGGUCCUCCCCCACUCAUUUUCUUUCUAGAAUUGUUUCCUGAGCCCUGCAGAGCUGCCUGCAAGCAUCAAGUAUACACAGCAGGACCUUCAGAGUGGCACAAGUCUUAUCCUAUUGCCCAAGGGAACCGCCAGUCACCUAUUGAUAUAGUUUCUGCAAGAGCAGUUUAUGACCCUAAUCUGAAGCCACUUAUUAUCUCCUAUGAAUCAUGUACAUCUCUCAGCAUCUCCAACAAUGGCCAUUCAGUUAUGGUUGAGUUUGAAGAUACUGAUGACAAGACAGCAAUCAGUGGUGGUCCCUUUGAGAAUCCAUUUCGGCUAAAGCAGUUUCACUUUCACUGGGGGACAAAGCAUGACCAAGGAUCGGAGCACACAAUUGAUGGCAAACCUUUUCCAUGUGAGCUCCACUUGGUUCACUGGAAUGCCAGAAAAUAUGCAACAUUUGGAGAAGCAGCAGCAGCUCCAGAUGGCUUGGCAGUAGUUGGUGUUUUCUUGGAGAUUGGGAGAGAACAUGCCAAUAUGAACAGACUCACUGAUGCUUUGUACAUGGUAAAAUUUAAAGGAACAAAAGCUCAAUUUAGAAGCUUCAACCCCAAAUGUCUCUUGCCUUUGAGUCUAGAUUAUUGGACGUACCUUGGUUCUUUGACAACACCACCCCUUAAUGAGAGUGUAACAUGGAUAGUGCUGAAGGAACCCAUCAGGAUUUCUGAGAAGCAGCUGGAGAAGUUCCGCAUGCUCCUCUUCACCUCUGAGGAAGACCAGAGGAUCCAAAUGGUGAAUAAUUUUCGACCCCCUCAGCCUCUUAAAGGGAGAGUAGUUCGAGCUUCCUUCAAGGCCUGAAGAAAACUGAUAGUGGCCCUGAGAGAACAAAGAGCUUCCACAUCUGAGCUACUAUAGAUAGAAACCCUGGUCUUCAGAUCACUUGUGGAACACACCAGAUACCCACUACUGUGAACACCCUACUUGGAGGGGAACAAUCUUUUGAUUUUAUUUUAUUUGAAUUGCUCAUUCUUUUGAGAAAUAGGAUCUUUUUAACUGGUACUUUUUAAUGUAAGGGAUAGCUGAGUAAUCUAGAGUGUUCUUCAAGACCUGACACUCUAACACUUAAGAUGAAAUGAAAACCCUACUUAAUAUAAAAUGGGAAAUUAUGUAGUGAUGUACUAGUACUGGUGGCUACAAUUUCUAGUUGUCUCAUAAUACAUGAUGAAACAGUAGUCAAAAAUUUUGAACACAUUGGACUUAAAUUUUCUUUACCAAUCUCUUGUUAGCAUUUGCUGAGCUCUGUUUGAUUUAAAGAUUGCUUUCACUGUAUUCUUGCUGUCUGUCGCAUACCAUGCACAUGACUAGCACUAGGAAAGAGUUCUUAUAUCAGGUAGGCACUGGUAUGAAAACUACAUCUAUAUUAAAUUACUGUUCUAAAAUGCUGUUUUGUAAUAAGUUGAAAUAACAAUGUAAAUGCUGUGUUUAAAAGCUGGCCAUUUUAUUGCCCAGUGUUGUUCAGACACUAGUUCUUUUAGCCCAUGUGGCAUAUAUAACUGUAAUGCCCUUGUCAAUUUUGUUGAAAAGAACAUCUGUAGCAACUCAGGUAUGUGUUUUGUGAUUCUCAGUUGUUCAAAUUCUACCUCAGCUAAGCGAUUUGCUCUGCAAUACAACCUCUUUCAUUGCUGCCCUAUGUAAAGUAGCUAUUUUGUUUAUUUUGGGGAACUAAUAUGGGUAGACGUGGAUUGCACUGAAUGUGCACUGCUGCACGAAUCAUGCCUUCUCUCUGGCAGUCUAUUAGGAUACUCCCUGCAGAUGAGAGGCUCAUCAGUCCUGAGCCCUUUCACCUCUUCAAAAGAAAGCUGCUUUAGAAAAGCCAUGUGGUAGUAUUACUGCUUCUGCAGCUUGGUGACAAAAUGCAGACUUGUGUCUUUGGCACCAAAUUCAGUGAUGCUAUCUGUAAAUACCCACAGUCUAUUUUCAAUUGCUUUAAUUCUGGGCUUCAAAUGUUCUACUUCAUCUGUAUAGUUCAGAUAAAAGUUGCUGAUGUUUAUCAAUUUUAAUCAGCUUAGUUGAAGAAAUCAUCAAAUAUGUACAAUGUAAAGGAAAGCAGGGGGAAAGGAGGAUAACAGCUAGUAUGGGCUGUUCUCAAUUUUCAGAAAGGGCGAAAGGCACUAGAUGUGAAGCCAUGGAACACUAGAAUUCUAGACCUAACUCUUCUACAGUUUUUCUGGUACAUUGACCUGGAACUUCUACUUUCCCCUUACAUAAAAUGAGGGUAACGCUAACCUACCUCACAGGGAUGUUGUGAGGGCUAAUUCAGCAUUGGUUUAGAUGUGACAUUCUUAAUAUAGCAGAUGCUAAAGGAAGCAGAAAAUCAUUACAGAAUACAAUGUUUUUAGCUAUUAUGAAUGCUAGUAAUGCAAACUAGUAUUGCAGAAAAUCUAUUUAAUGUAUAUUUCUUUAACAAAUUAAAUGAGACUUUAAAAUCAA